CGAGUAUUGUUCGCCCUAUAAUAGUUACAUUACAAUUCAAUUUUAAUCAAUUGUUUGCAAUUUAUAAUCAUGACUUUGAAUUCUUAAUUCAAAAAGCUUACGGUGAUCGUAAACGCAACAUUAUCGAAAAAUCGAGAAUCUAAGCAAUUAUAACCUAACCUAACUUAAGUGGGAAAAUCGAGUUCACAAAGAACUUAUCAUCCAACUGCCCUCCAAACAAUUUUUGUCCAAACUUAAUAUAUGUAACAGAAACGAGGACCCACAUAAGCCUAUUAGUAAUAUAUUUAUGACAUUUAGUAUCCAAACAAAUCAAAUUGAUUCGUCCUGGGACAAGCUAUCAAAUAUGUGUCACCCUUUACAGGAUUUUAUCUGUGACCAUGGAUAUAAAUCCAAUCAGUAAUUACUCCGUUGACGAACAUUAUAGACAGAUAUUGAGUGUUUUCAGAAUGUAUGAUCUGAAAACACUAUUGGUAGCUUUUGGUCAAAGUACAUCAGGCCGAAAAUCCGAAUUAAGAGAUCGAGCAAUCAAAAUAUUAAGGACUAGACCAGCUGAUAUUAACUACUCAGCAUAUAUUGCCAAAAUACAUGAAAUAUAUCGUUUCUUGCAAAAUGGUAUGAGUAGUUAUAAUAUUAUGAUGCGAUGCACCUUAUUGCAAAAUCAACAACAACAACAAAGGCAGAUGAUACCAUCUAUGGGUCAAAUACAGAACCCACCACAAAGAAUGAAUCAACCACCACGAUUUCCUCAACUAUCAAUGCAUAUGGCACGAGUUGUAUUACCUCAAGUUAUGCCUCAAAGGAAAGGAAUUAAUUACAUUCGUUGUAUAGCUGUCGGACCAUCCAAAAUUCGUUGCAUAGAGUCAAAUCAAUUACAUCCAAAUCAACAAAUGAGUAUUGUAGCACAAGAUGCAUUAGAAGUAGGAACAACGGCUAGUGGAAAUAAUUCUUACACACCAUCUAUUGAAGCUGUAGCCCAAAUUAAAUACAAAAAAUUACCGUUUUAUGAAGUCAUUGAUGAAGUCAUUAAGCCAACUCUUCUAACUGGCACGGAUACAUGUACAUUACCAAAUGUUAAUGAAGGUAUGAAAGAAGCUAUAUUUAAAUUUACUCUGUCACCCGAACAAGCCACUUUUGUAGCCGAUAAUCGUACAAUUUCUUCUGGAAAAGAAGAAUAUCUUUAUCAGUUCCAAAUUCGAAUUUGUCAGUUUAUAGAGCCUGUACCUAAUGAGUCACCAGAUUACAUGCCUCUUGAUCUAUACAUACGAGUUGGUAGGAAACCAUGUCAAUUACCGCCUUCUUUACCUAUAACUUCACCAAGAACUAAAUCUAGACGAACUGCAAGACCUAUCGAUUGCACUGCAAAUGUCAAACUUUGUCCACUCGUUAGCAACACCAUCACUAUUGGUUGGACUCCAGAUGGAAAAAAUUAUGUUUUUUCAAUGUAUCUUGUUAAAAAAUUAACUUCAGAUACUCUUAUUGAGAGACUUCAUGACAAAGGUGGAAGGAGUUCCGAAGAUACCAAAAACAUUAUAAUUCAAAUGUUCGCAAAUGUUGAUCCAGAUGUAGCUACUACGUCUUAUAGUUUUUCCUUAAUUUGUCCAUUGAGUAAAGUGAGAAUGAAGAUACCUGCAAAAUCUAUUUACUGUGAUCACCUACAAUGUUUCGAUGUAAGCACAUUUAUCUUGAUGAAUGAGAAGAAACCAACCUGGAUAUGUCCAACUUGCAGUAAACCUUGCUUGUAUGAUGACAUACAAAUAGAAAAUUACUUUUUGGAGGUUGUGUCAAGUCCAACACUAAAAUACUGCACAACAGAAAUUGAAAUUUUAUCCGAUGGCACAUGGAGAAUUUAUAAAGAAACUAUAGAAACAAAAAACACCAAUAGUACUUUUGAUAUGGUAAAACCUAGUGAUAUUGUGGAUUUAGUUAGUGACGAUGAAAUGUGCUCUGAGCGAAAUGAUGGACCUAGCCCUAAAAACUCAAAGUCAUCUUUUAUCGAUCUGACUUUAUAAGUGAUGAUGAAGGACUACAAGCUUAAGUACAACUGCAACAAGCUAUUACCAGUUCUGAACAAGGAGUAGUAAAUGAAAUAGACAGCCCAUCUCCUACUUCAAGUCCUACCCCCAUGACUGAAGCCUCCUAAUUUAUUAUUAUUAUUUUUUUUAAUAUUAUAAGUAAUUUUGAUAGUAUAAGCUUUUAUAAUUAGUGUAGUUCAAUCCAUGUAUCAACAAUAUAUUUUUUAGAAUGGCAUUCAAUAAGCAUUAAAAUAUUUAUAUAUUAAUUAUCUUUUCAUUUAUUAUCGUAUU